AUGCGGCGGGACGACGCCACUGGCGGCGGCGGCGGAGGCGGGUUCCAGGAGCUCUUCGACUCCGUCCGCCGCUCCAUCUCCUUCCGCCCCGGGAGCAGCGCCGCCGCGCUCGACGAGCCCGCCUCCGCCUCCGCGUCCGGUGCUUCUGGUGCUGGUGCUGGUGCUGGUGGUGGUGCUUCCGGUUUGGGGUUCAGGGGGCGGAUCAGCACGUGCCUCCGCAAGUCGAGGGGGAUGGGGCUGCUCGGGAUGGCAUCCAUCUCCAAGAGCCCCUCGCCCCCGCGCCGCCUCCUGCCCCCGCCCCCGCCGUCACAGUCGCUGUCGCCACAGCCCGCGGCUCGGGUGUCCGAGGGGAGAGACGGUGGCAGCGGAGUAGGAGGAGAGGAGGAGAACCCGCCGAUCCGGUUUCGCAAGGGUGAUCUCCUCGGGAGCGGCGCGUUCGGGUCGGUCUUCCUCGGCAUGGACCUCGAUUCCGGCGAGCUCCUCGCCGUCAAGCAGGUUUUGAUCGGAAGCAGCAACGCGGCGAGGGAGAAGGCCCAAGGACACGUAAGGGAGCUUGAGGACGAAGUGAAGCUACUCAAGAACCUCUCACAUCCCAACAUUGUUAGAUAUAUUGGAACGGUGCGGGAGGAGAACUCAUUAAAUAUUCUGCUGGAGUUUGUGCCAGGAGGAUCGAUCCAGUCACUCCUUGGGAGGCUCGGAUCAUUCCCUGAGGCUGUCAUCAGGAAAUACACUAAACAAAUUUUGCAUGGUCUGGAGUAUUUACAUCGCAAUGGAAUCAUACACAGGGAUAUAAAGGGAGCUAAUAUACUAGUUGACAAUAAAGGAUGCAUUAAGCUUGCAGAUUUUGGGGCAUCUAAGCAAGUGGAGAAGUUGGCGACCACAGCGAAAACAAUGAAAGGAACACCAUAUUGGAUGGCCCCAGAAGUAAUUGUUGGGAGUGGGCAUGACUUUUCAGCUGAUAUAUGGAGUGUCGGAUGCACUGUAAUUGAAAUGGCAACUGGUAAAACUCCGUGGAAUCAGGAAAUUCAAGAGGUUUCUCUUCUGUAUUACGUUGGGACAACAAAGUCGCACCCACCAAUACCAGAGCAUCUUUCCCCAGAAGCCAAGGAUUUUCUGUUAAAAUGCUUACAGAAGGAACCAGAAUUGAGAUCUACUGCAUCAGACUUAUUACUGCACCCGUUUGUUACAGGAGGAUUGGAAGAUCUUCAUCAGGUUAAUCAUGCAAUGAACAAGGAAACCUCUGAGCUUCCUUUGUAUGAUGUUCCAACUGGUGACCUGGGCUUGAAUCAUUCUGGCAACUUAUGCACCUUGAAUUCCUAUAAGUCAUCAGACACCAGACCAAUAUGGGAUGGGCACAGCGAGGAUGACAUGUGUCAGUUUGCUGACAAUGACGUAGUAAUGGUUGGAUCAAGCUUCAACCCAAUGUCUGAACCAUUUGAUGAUUGGGAAAGCCCAGAACAAAAAUCUAGUCAACCAAGGGAAUUUGGAGGAUUAGCCAAACAUGUUGAAAGUAACAUGUCUGAAAAUGAUUUUACUUUCCCAUGCGAGGGAGGCUGUGAAGAGGAUGAUGAAGUCACAGAAUCAAAAAUAAAGGAAUUUCUGGAUGAAAAGGCCAUAGAUCUAAAGAAACUGCAGACACCUUUGUAUGAGUUCUACAACACAGUGAAUGCUGGACUUUCUCAAAGAGUUAGUGAUACCUGCCAAGUAAACAACAUAACUAAUUCCCAAUUGCCCCCUCGAGGAAGAUCACCUCCAGUUAAGAUGGAGGGAAUUGCAGCGGUAGAACCAAACUGCGAUAUUCUGCAGAGUGCUAGUCCAAAGAGUUGCACUAGGCGUUUCUCAAGAAGUGGUGUGGAGAAUGGUCGAAUUUUGAGAGAAAUAGCUUCUCCUCAACUUAACAAGUUUGAGGACAAGGUCCAUGAUAUUCAAGACCAUCCCAGCAUCAGCUUUUCGGAAAGACAGAAGAAGUGGAAGGAAGAGUUGGACCAAGAACUCGAGAUCGGGAGGGUGAUGAGGUUGAGUAGCUUCGGUAAAGCACCAUCGCCAAAGAGUCGAGGGCUGACCAGGAAACGGGAUCGCCAUCCUGUCUACUGAAUUGAAAUGGGAAUAUCACCGGACAAGACUAAUGGUGAUUUGAGUUACUUGACUAUAACUGUACAAUGUCAGCGAUUGGUGGCCAUACUAGUACAGUUCAUUGCCUUGCCACUCGUGUGACCCUAACAAAAACCUCCGUAGCUGCCAAAAUCCAUUUGGUGCAUUUGAGUCUGGUGAAGGCCUUUCUAAGUGGUCAUUGGAUUUGAAAAGGUCAGGCUGUCACGAUCUGGCCACAGUUUGGCGGCAAGGUUCGUCUGCUACAAUCUGCAGCCUUGUGUUAAAACGAUGCCUUGGCGAUUUUGGGAGCCCCUGGUGUGAUGUUUUCUUUGGCAGGAUGGCUUAUGCUCAGAAGGAAUUGUUGUACCUUCUCUCUUUUGCCUUUUCUCUUUUGUUUAUGUUCUUGUAAGCAAGAUACGCCGAGAGCUUGCCUUUUGCGAGCAUGUAAUAAGCAAUGUAAUGCUGAGUGUGUUAUCAUCGAGAAUGUAGGGUGCGUUUUGCAAUCUAUGAGCAUAACGCAUGCUAUUUGACUCAAAUUUGUUCAACCUACAGAGAACAAGUAUGCUACAGUGGUUCAAUAUACGCUGUAUUCAUGAUACUAUUGCAAU